ACUUGAAAUAAUCUGUAAAGACUUACGAAAGGUUGUGUUCAGUUUCAAGAGUUGCUCUAAGUCUGAUGUAGUACAUGUUGUCAAUUCCUUUGGGAUGUAUUCCUCUCCCAGUAGUGUCUUUCAUCUCUUUGCUUUUGAUUACGCUCGAGUAGUUCAUAAAACUAAAGACACUCACUCCUCAUCCUCCUCUUCUUCUCAAGAUGUCAUUCCAACUUAUUUCAAUCCUCGUGACUGGCAGAAGGAAUUGGAUAGACUAGGAGUGAACCAGAAGCAGUGGAGGGUCACUGAGGCUAACCAACACUUCCUCCUCUGUGACAGUCUCCCUCCAUACAUUGUGGUCCCAUACAACAUCAGUGAUGAUACUCUAGAAUAUGCUGCUGGCCUCCAUUUCAAGAACCGUCUACCUGUGUGGUGUUGGAGUCACAGUGUCAUUGGUGUCUCAUUAACCAGAGGAUCAUUACCUGAUGAAGACAGACUAGAGGCACCUGAUCCUAGGUUAGGGGAAUACACUGGACAGGAGGGAACCCAUUACACUGUCUGAUACAUAUACAUGUACUUAUGCUGUGUAGAAAGAUUGAGC